GUGUGUGAAGUUUCAAUCCAUUCCCUUCAGUAGUUAUGGAGAUACCAGCUUACAUGCAAAAACUUAACCACAGGGACGCCGACGCCGACAAAUGGGUGACUGCAUUAGCUGGAUUAUUCUGCGAAUAGUCGAGCUAAAAAUAGAGAACUUUUAUACUGUGUUGCUUUUGUAUAUUCAUUUCCAAAAUGUCAACGCCACGGAAAAGACAUUUAUCGGCGACAUGCCAUAUUCCAUCGCCAAAAAGAAUUCGACGAGAACUGUCUAUAAGUGACAAAGUUAGAUUAAUAAAAGACGGCAAAACUUUGCCAAAACCUACAUUAAAAUCAUUGUCUGACAAAUAUGGCAUCGGAAAAUCUGCAGUUGGUGACAUUAUUAAACACAAACAAAGUUAUUUAGAAGGAUUCGAACAAAAUUGCAGUUCAAAGAAGCAAAGGAUUAACUAUAAGUGCAAAUAUACGGAUGUAAAUGAGAAAACGUUUGAAUGGUUUAAGCAAGCUAGGGGAAAGAACAUCCCUGUAUCAGGUCCGCUAAUUUGUGAAAAAGCAGCUUCUAUUGCCGAGCGCCUUGGAAUUGAGGACUUCAAGGCUAGUGAUGGUUGGCUCAACAGUUUUAGAAAUCGCCACAACAUUCAAUGGUUAAAAGUUUGUGGUGAAAGUGCCGAUGUAGAUCCGGAAGUAGCGACUGAAUAUAAGUUGCGCUUGCCAGAUAUGCUGUCUACGUACAAUGACAAUGACAUUUUUAAUUGUGAUGAAACGGGGCUGUUUUUUAAAAUAUUGCCAGAUAAGACAUUGUGUAUUAACCCUUUCGCUGCCAGAGGGUUUUUGUUUUAUUGAUCACCUAUUUGCCAGAGGGUUUUCUAAGAAAUACUAUAUUAUUAGUUAAUAUAAUUAUAAUUAUUUGUUAUUAGUAUUAUAAUAAUUAUAUAUGUUUCCAAAUUUGUUAGUAUAAUAAUAAUUAUUGUCGAUGGUGUAAUUUUCUUUAUAUUUAUUAUUAUUUUUAUUAUUAUUAUUAUUUACAGUGCAAAUACAAGGUGUUUUAAAAACAUUGAUAAAACCCAGUUACCUGUACAAUGGGAAUCAAACAAGAAAAGUUGGAUGACUUCAGCUCUUUUUAAAGACGGGUUACAAAACUUGAACAGGAUAAUGCGUCGUAAAAAUAGAAAUAUUUUAUUGUUCAUGGAUAAUGCUACUUCUUACUGCAAUGAUGUCACACUUAGCAACAUCACUCUAAAGUUCAUUCCUCCAAAUUGCACUUCAAAUUUGCAACCAUUAGAUAUGGGAAUUAUCAGAGCCUUUAAAGCACAUACCGGAAGUAUCUACUAAGACACAUACUGUGUAAAAUGGACCCUGUACUAAGUGCAUCACAACUUGCAAAAUCAGUCAAUGUUCUUGGAUUUACAAAUCUUGGCAAGAAACAGCUGUUGACACUAUACGGAGUUGUUUUAAGAAAUCGGGCUUUGUGCGUGAUGCUAUUACUACCAAGACACUGACAGAGUCUGACUUAGACACAGAAUUGACCCAUAUGAUGACAUCCCAAUUCAACAACUUAUUGAUGCAUUUCCAAACUGCAAUUUUAGAAGUGUAUCUAAAGUGGAAAAUACUCUUCCAACUGAAGUAAGUAAGUAAGUAGUAAGUAAGUAACGACUUUAUUUAAUGAGGCUAACACAUUCGGUUUCCCGAUCUUCCAUGCGGGCCUCAGCAUAUACAUAGCAUAUACAUAACAAUAUAAAAAUUACAUAUUUUAAAUAACAUAUAUACACAAAUAGAAAAAAAAAAAAAACAAAAAACAAAACAAAAACAAACAAACAAACAAUCAUCAAGAAACCACUUUUUCAUAACCUGGGCAUGAAAAAUACAUUAUUCUACAAGUAAGAUUAGAACAAUAUUGUAAAAACAAAACAUUAUACAUUCUAUUCUUGUGUGGCAUUAUCAUUACAACAAAAUGUACACUCAUUUAAUUAGAAAAUUGACACUUAAUAUAUGUGGCUUGAAAUUUCUUCAAAGUAUCUGAAUUUCGAAUAUAAAUUUGGAUGUCAUUCCAUAUUUUAGGACCAGAAUAGUCAAAUGAUUUCCUAAAGUACUCAGUUGUUGGUUUUGGUAUGACUAGUUUCUCAUUUUGAACAGAUCUUAAGUUGAAGUUGUGUUUGUCAUUUAUCAUUUGGAAUUUAUUUUUCAUAUAAUUAGGAAAAGAUGGCUCAUUUAUAGAUUUAUACAUGAGAAUAGCUUUUUUUGUACAUAAUUCUUUGAUCAAAGGACAUCCAAUUAAGCUCUUUAAAUAGUUCAUUUGAUGGGGAAUCAAAACUUUUAUCCAAAAUUAUUCUAGCAGCUUAUUGAAGAGAUUUAUGAUGGACCCGAUUGAAAGGAGACAUUUCUCAGCCCAGUUUGUUCUAUAAAUCCAGACCCUGUAAACAAUAGUGACACAGACGAUGAUGAUUCUCUUGAAACGCCAUCUUUAAAUCUGACAAACAGAGAGGCUUUAAAAAUGUUAAAUGAACUUGUUCUUUUUGGAAUGUGCAAAAACAGUUCGAUCCUAAAUGACGUUUCUAAUGCGCAAUCUAAGCUUGAAAAGGACAUUCUAUGUGACUUGUCAUCCAAAACACCGGCAAGCAUCUUAAACUGUUUUACAUCAACGAAAUGAAAACAAAAGAAUACGAGGGUUGUCCA